AGUUCCGAGAACUGACCAUUUUUAACUAGCCCGUUCUAGAUUUACUGCAGAAAGGCAGAAUAAUUGCUUUUAUAUCCCUCUAUCCACCAUGAACACCUGGAAAUAAUUUCGCCCACCUAAUUGAACGUUAAUGUUAGCCUAAAGCCUUCCAAAAUUGUUAAAUUACUAUUUUACUUUGAAACACGUUUCAAUGUUAUUUUUGAAACAAGUCUGACCACAAUUAGACAGCAAGUGAAACUUUGCCUGCAAAUGUGAAGCGCUCUUUAUUGUACGAAACAUUUACAACGACCCCACCGACAAUCCCGACUGCUGGGUGGCGCAUGUCGGUACGCUUAGUUUCCCAGUAUAAAGAGUGUUUGAACACUAUCGCAAAAUAAAUCAUACAUUCAUUAUAUGGUGGUAAAGUGACCGCUCACUCCUGGCUAUCGUCCAGGCAGAUUGAAAGGAGCGCUUUAAAGGCUGUUAAGGGGUGGGGGAGUGGUGUUGCCGGACAGGCACAGCGUUGAUCUCCGGCUAGCUAGAUGAAGAACACCUUCAGCCCGGGGUCGCUUAGUACUUUGAAGAGGCGAUCUGCUUCGGGGCAUCGACGCAAAACGCCUGGGAAGACGCGAGACGACUCCGCCCUCCCCUUGGACACCCGUCCCUCCCUUCCAGAGACCCCCAUGGAGACCCCUGACAGUGAGCGGCCUGUCAGCUAUAGCUCCACCUCCUCCUCUGCCUCCUCGCGUGACAGCCACUGCUCCUCGCUGGCCCCGGCUUUCCGAGCCUCUUCGGAGACCGAUCCUCAGGCUGGCGCCAUCCGGCUCGAGCUGGUGCCGGCUCAGCAGCUAGAAUGUGUCGACCCCCAACUGGAACGGAGGCUGGAGGCCACGCAUGGGCACACGCAGGCUGCCAUGACACAAGCCAUGUCGGAACCUGCGGCGGAACCCGCAGCAGAACCCACAGGGCCCAAACUGCAGUACGUGGACAGAGUGGUCCAGGAGAUCUUGGACACAGAGCGAACUUACGUGCAGGAUCUCCGAAGCAUUGUGCAGGACUACCUGGGCUGCUCUGCCAGCCAGGCCCAGCUGGCCCUGGGGCCAGAGGAGAAGAGAGCUCUCUUCGGGAACAUUCGAGAUAUUUACCGCUUCAACAGUGAGCUGCUGCAGGAGCUGGAGAAGUGCCAGGCUGACCCAGUUGCUAUAGCGGAGCGCUUUGUGGCCAAGAGUGAAGAAUUCCACAUUUACACUCAGUACUGCACUAAUUACCCGAGGUCAGUAGCAGUUCUCACAGAGUGCAUGAGGAACAAGGCUCUGGCGAAGUUCUUCAGGGAGCGGCAAGAGUCACUGAAUCAUUCCCUCCCUCUGGGAUCCUACCUGCUGAAGCCGGUGCAGAGAAUCCUGAAAUACCACCUGCUCCUCCAUGAGAUCGCGAACCACCUGGACAAGCAGACUGACCGUUAUGAGGUGGUGCAGGACGCCAUUGACACCAUGCAAAGGGUGGCCUGGCACAUCAAUGACAUGAAAAGGAAGCAUGAGCACGCGGUGCGACUGCAGGAGAUCCAGAGUCUGCUGAUGAACUGGAAAGGCCCUGAUUUGAUUGGCUAUGGAGAGCUGGUUCUAGAAGGCACGUUCCGGAUCCAGCGAGCCAAAAAUGAGCGGACCUUAUUUCUGCUGGAGAAGCUUCUGCUCAUCACAAAGAAAAGGGAGGAGUCUUAUACCUAUAAGGCUCACAUAAUGUGCUGUAACCUGAUGUUAGUAGAGGUCAUCCCCAAAGAGCCGCUGAGCUUCAGCGUGUUCCAUUACAAAAACCCCAAGCUUCAGCACACUGUGCAGGCAAAAUCCCAGCAGGACAAGCGCACAUGGAUCCUCCAUCUAAAAAGACUCAUACUCGAAAACCAUCCUGCGAAAAUCCCCGCCAAGGCUAAACAGGCUAUAUUGGACAUGGAUGCAGUGGAUUCCACCGGACUGAGCUGCAGUCCCCAUUGGGACAAGAAAACCCAGGCGAAGGAUGGGCCCACCCCGCGGCGAGUCAGGAGGAAGACCGAGCCAUUAUCAAGACUGCUGAAAAACGCAAAGCAAAGUGGCACUAAUCCUGAUCCACAAAAGCGGGGAAGUCUAGGAGUGGCCCUUCUGUCACCUAUGUCCCAGCUCAGCCCCAGAGAGGGGUUGCUGGCCUCGAUUGGCCGAACCAGGAGUUUGGUCAGCCAAUCACAGGAGUCUCUGGACCCAGCAGAGCCUAGUGACUGUGAUGACAACCCACACCUUCCAGAAGCAGAAAAUGGUGCUGAACCAGGCUUGGUUAAAGGGAAGAAGUCAAAAGGUCAAGGGAAAGGAACCAUGAAGAGACUCAACCCGCAAGCUUCAGUUGACUGCAUUGACAAAUGGCGUGAUUGUAAUAUCGGGGUGCAGGACUUGCAGGCUGUUAAAGAUUCUCUUCAGAUGGACCCCAGCAUGUCCUGUCGAACCGAGGGCCUCUUGGCUCGUCCUCAAAGCCCCAACCUUGCCGCCAUGAUCUCUGGUGGUCACAUAGCUCGAAACAUCUGGACAGAUCACAAGAUUCGACGUGCUAUGUUUCCAACCCGGCAGCAGACCGUUCAGGGAGAGGAUGAAGAGGACCUCUACCAGAUGUUUAUGCCGUCAGAGCCAUCUGAUCCAGACCUAGUGGCCUCCCAAGAAGGGGGAAGUAGUCGUGGAUCUGGUCGCCCCUGUAGCUGGCACAUGGAGCAAACGCAGGCACCAGUGUACACUGAGGCGCCAUCCAGCAGCAAGAAAGUUCUGCGGCGUGCCAGCAGUGUUGGUGAGAAAAACAGCAAGGCUCCAGAUCCAGGGGAGAAGCUUGGCAGUCCCCGGGACAGCUUGCAGAUAGACUCCUCCAGCAGUGUUUCAGGCUCUGCGGAGCAGCUCACCAUUGACGAUAUUGAAAAUGUGUAUGAUAACAUCAGCUAUGAGGACCUGAAGUCUAUGGGGUUAAUUUGCAGAGAACCGGAGAGCACCCAAUAUCCUCAGGUAACCAAGGAGGAGAAACAAGCAAAAAAGGCAGAACAAACUGCCACGUCUACAGGAAUGACUGAAUCCAGAAAUUCGUCUGAUAUUUACGUUUCCCCAUCCAAGGAUAGUGUUCCUUUUGGGACAUGUGAACUGAAAAUUGUGGAGGAAAACAUCUAUGACACCAUUGGUUUCUUGGACCAGCCUCCAGAGCCAUUGCACAGUCCAGCUGUGGGCGAACAGGACACCAUGUUUCUCCAACCGAUUUCAACUGGUAGCAAUAGUUUGGACAGGUUUCUCUCUGAGGACAGUCUGCAGAGCUAUGAAGACGAACGCCAGGUCUCUGUGGAGAUGGACUCUCCCUCCAUUUCAGAUUCCCUCGUGCACAGGUCCCCUGCAGGCACUAUGUCAGAGAAGGUGGAUGAGAUCUGGAAUGACCUGGAAAACUACAUCAAGAAGAAUGAGAAGAAGCAGGACAGGCUUACGGCUGCAUUCCCAGUGAAUGGCGAGGAGAGCCCUGUGAAAUCCUCGACGCAGGAGAGCCCCAUCAAGACCACAAAGCAGGAGAGCCCAGUGAAGUUCUCAAAGCAGGGGAGCCCCCUCAAAGUAGCAAAGCAGGGGAGCCCUCUGAAAUCCUCAAAGCAGGAGAGCCCCAUCAAGACCACAAAGCAGGCGAGCCCAGUGAAAUCCUCAAAGCAGGAGAGCCCCCUCAAAGUGGCCAAGCAGGAGAGCAUGCUGAAAUCCUCAAAGCAGGAGAGCCCCAUCAAGACCUCAAAGCAGGAGAGCCCCAUCAAGACCACAAAACAGGAGAGCCCCAUCAAGACCACAAAGCAGGAGAGCCCAAUGAAAUCCUCCAAGCAGGAGAGCCCUAUCAAGGCAGCAAAGCAGGAGAGCAUGCUGAAAUCCUCAAAGCAGGAGAGCCCCAUCAAGACCUCAAAGCAGGAGAGCCCCAUCAAGACCACAAAACAGGAGAGCCCCAUCAAGACCACAAAGCAGGAGAGCCCAAUGAAAUCCUCCAAGCAGGAGAGCCCUAUCAAGGCAGCAAAGCAGGAGAGCUCGCUAAAAUCCUCAAAGCAGGAGAGCCCCAUCAAGACCACAAAGCAGGACAGUCCGCUGAAAUCCUCAAGGCUUGGGAGUCCUGUCAAGGUGACAAAGCAGGAGAACCCACUGAAAUCCUCGAAGCAAGGGAGACUAGCACAAGGCACCUCUGGGCGACGGGGUCCAGGGCUUUUUAGAGAAGAGGCCAUUGAGAUUCUGGAGCCCCCAGUGUCCUCUUCUGUUGUUGUAGAGAACUUGGGGAGCACCAAGACUAUUAAGAGCAAGCUGGCUAGAUUCAGCAGUGGUAGCUUUAGACUGGAUGAGCCAGAUACCCUGAAAGAGAAGGGAGAAUCGCCAAGAGAGAGAGCCUUGCUUGGCCUUGGCGGUGGCCUGUUCCCCAGGGACUUUGUCAGCUUUGACAACACCUUGGACUCCUCCAGUAGCCUCUUCCCGGGUGCCAUGGAUUUCUCCCUAGACUUCGGAGACAAAACCAAGAAUAGGGUGUAUCUCAUGGCAAGGCAGUAUAGCCAGAAGAUCAAGAAAGCUAAUCAACUGCUGAAGACAAAGAGUUCAGAGCAGGAACAUACCGUUAGCCGGCUGAAGUCAAAGCAGAAGGAUUUGGCAGAUAUCUUGGAAGAAAAGAAACAAGGAGGGACUGCAAUUGGUGCAAGAAUUGCAGAGUACUCUCAGCUGUACGAUCAGAUCCCGUUCAAAGAUAUGCCCCCUGGCAAGCAGAAUGAUCCAGAGAAUGCCACCCUGGAGCCUCCAUGUCUGCAUUCUUCCCCUUCACUGGCCCCACCUCAGGGCAGCUCUGAAAGCCAUGCCAGUGACUCUUGUGUGGAUGAGGACUGGCUCAAUUCCACAUACAGUAAUGGGGAGCUGGUGGACUUUGUCUCCUGUGUAAAUGAAGCUGCCCUUCAGAGGGAGGGUUUGGUAUCUUCUCCCGAGAAACAGUUGAGCCUGGUGUGCCCGAUCCCUACCAUCAAAUAUUCCUCUCCUCCACAGUCUCCCACUCAGAGGUGGAGUGCUUGCAUGGCUCAGCCCAACAAAGAGAACUUGAGCCAUCAGCAUGUCUAUAACUCUCUGGACCGACAAACCCAGUCUGCCAAAGCACUUCCUUAUAACAGAUGUCUGUCGUCUUCCUCCAUAGCUGCAAGUGGCAAGAAUGGGGAUCAUUUGGGAGGGGACAGCGUUGCAGGUCUCGGCAUUAGCUUGACGGGUGGGGGGAGCUGGGGAUCUGCGUUCGCCAGGCUUGGGUACUCAGGGCGGCAGUCCAGUCUUCCCGAACGUUACUCUGAUUUAACCCUCCAGGACUCGCAGCAGGUGGUGGUGGUGGUGAGCAAUAGUCCCUCGUCCAAUGCUCUCCGGGCCACUCAGAACUACCACGCCAACUUCAAGGACAAUGACGACGACGAUGACGAUUACGUGGAGAUCAAGUCUGACGACGAAGAGCUCGAGGACGGAAGGCAGCACAAGGAGCCGCUGGCUAUAUCGACACCUUGUGUGACCCGAGCUGAGCGUGCAGGCCAAGGACCGUCCAUCAGCCUCCCCUGCACGCCCAUCAGAACCAACCCCCGCAUCCCGCCCCCUGCAUUCCCCGACCAGGACAGCCUGGCCCACUACCUGUGGAGCGAGCCACAAGUCUCCCAGCAGAACCUUGUGCAGUCCCUGAGGGAUAAAUUCCACUGCCUGAGUUCCAGCAGUUUUGCAUGAGGCCCAUCAUCCGCUCUCGUACACUAUUACUGCACGCCGAUGUAAAGAGGCUCUGCGUGACACGGUCUAGUGUCUGCUUUGAUCUGGUUCUGAGAGAUUCCCUGACGGUAACUUAGAUCUUCUGUACUUGGUAAAACUUUAAAAACACUAUGUAUGUAUAUUUAAGAAAUGUAAUUAAUGUAAUUAGAUUUAUCAUGGUUUACAUAGCAAUGAAGAUAUUUUAAUUACUCUGAAAGUAACACAUUGAUCAGAUUAUAGGGUUAUGUUUCCAAAGGGAUUAUAUUUUUAGAAGCUGUGGCCAAUUUAAUGCAACUUGUAUGUAGCUGGUGUUUCUGUGGGCUUCAGCAAACUGUGGACAUAGAAAAAUCUGAAUUACUGAGUAACUUUCACCAUAUAGUAUUACUGUGCCAUAUAAAUCAAAACUUUUUUUUGAUACUUUCGUGGGAGGGGGGCAGGAUAUCUCCUUAUACCCCCCCCCCCCCAACCCCACCCCAUGAUUUACCUCAUACAAAUGCAAGGACUGACUGGGGCUAAAAUUCAGAAUUGUAAUUAUCAGUGUUAACUGACAAAAAUUAAAUUGGAGAAACAAAACCAACUAACUUGUUUUUAUGUAGCAAAGCAAAAGUUUAAAUUAUUAGUUUUAGUUGUAUCUGAUACUGCUUUAGUGCUUGUUUUGGUUUUGAUUUAAUUAGCAAAUGCUAAGCCUGUCCAAAAAACCUCCAUCCUUAUUUUAGUCUAUUUUAACUGUGCACAUCAGUUGUCACUUGAGAAUGUAUGACAUUUACCAGAGUUUACUUUGUUAUAUGCUAACUUAAUGUACUUAGCAGGUAUACUGUAUUUAAUACUCAGGAGCUUCGCCUACAAACCAGCUAAUAAUGGCAGUUAAAUAUCCAGUGAGAGGCUGUAUGCAUGCUUUGUAUGCCUGAAAUAUCCAUAUAUAGUCGUACAAUUGCAAAUGUAGUUUUUAAAAUAGGACUAUAAGGGUUUGCAGCAAUAUCCAAGUUAAAGGAUCAUGCUUUGAGGUUUGCUAACGUACCAACCUAAUGAACAAGGGAUCAUGCUUUAAUGGGCUGUCUUGAAGAACUUACUUGGCAUCAGAAGUACAUAUUUAUUGCAAACUCUGUGCAAAAUGUUGGUAAAUUUUAGUUCACCAUAUUUCUUGUCUUACUGUAGCAGAACAUCAUGCAUCUUAAGAGCCUAAAAUACUAAAACCUGAAAAUCUGGGACCACGGAAGAAAGUUAAAACAGUACUGUACUUGUAUAUUUUCACAUCGAGUUAAUUUCUCUCUCUCGCCAGUGCACAUAUCGACACUACUGAUUGCAUGUUUAACAUUCACCUUUUGUGAUCCGUCUGGGGUCCAUUCUUUGUCCGUCCUUGGAAAGGAAAUGUAUACAGUUUAGUUCUGUCAGGAUUUUCGUUAAAUCUGGGGUCAGUCUGAAUUAUUCCAAAUGAUGAGAAUUUAUGUCGACAAUGAUGUGGACUUAACGUCAAAUGUUUCCUAUCGUUCAACAAUAUACUGGGCAUCGACCGUAUGUGUACAGAUAAUGUCACGGUUUGUUUUUGUUUUUUGUUUUGCAGUAUGUGGUUUCCCUCAUAUUUCAUUUAAAAAGUAAAUUAGUUCCCCUCGAACUGUUAAUAAUUACAGCCAGUCCAUAGAUAAAAUGCUGAAUAAUUUAUUUAUUUAAGGUUUUUUGGGGUAAUUUGGGAUAUUUUGGCAAUGGGUAAUUUUGUUCAAAAGGAUACUGUGAAUGUUAUUUAUAAAAGGUUGGUCUUAAAGCACUGUUGAAUUACCCUUUCUGAAAUACAACUAAAUGUUCUAAUGCACAAUCAAGGCUUUUUAUCAAUGUAAAUACACCAAACAAUGUAGAAAAUACAAAUACGUUGUGUAUUCAUGUGACUUCGUAGUUUUUGUUUUUAUGUUUUUGCUUCUUAUUUUGGGGAUUGUCAAACUUUUUUUGUUCAUUGAAACGGACCUUUUUGCACUUUUUGCUUUUUUUUUACAUUUGAUUUGUAAACAUUUUGUAAAGAUGUAAGUAUAUUUUAGGAAACUUAAUUGUACGCUAUAGCUAUGCUAUCACCAUAUUAGUUUAUAAGUUUUUAACUGGCUAGUUGUCCUUCUGUAGGGAAAAAAGGUAUUGGAGGAAAUAAAGUAUAAUUAAAAUGUCAAAUAAA